GCGCGAUCAGACGACCUUGGCUCUGCGGAGACGUUUUGGGGCCUUAGGCGGAAUCACCCACGAAAUCUGCGACGCUGGCUUUCUCUCAUAGCGUCCGUAGCCGCUGCGCUCCUUCUUCCACACUCGAGGUUAUCGUCUUUCAUUGGGAAAGCGCGGGCAUGGUUGUUGCUGCGCUGUAGGAACCGGCUCAUCGCUUAGCGUCCCUCGCACUCGAACGCCUCGUCUCCCUGAACCUCCCACAACCACAACCCGGAGGCCCGCUCCAUUCACCUGCCGCCAUGUCGGACAGCGACCCUGAAAAGAAGAUUGCUCCGCUGGAGCCUGAGCUGCGUCACAUGAAGAUCGAGGAUGGCCCGCCCCUUCCGGGCGUCGGUGAUGGUGCGGUGAAAGUUGAGCACGUCGACGAAAACCCGCUCGCGCUCACCCCCUCUCCACCGCUCACCAUACCCGCCCAACCCAAAUCCGACUCAACCUCACAGUCGCCAACCAAAUCUUCUCCCUCAACCACCUCCUCGCCUAGUGCAGAAGACCGCGAGGAGACCGUCGGCGGCGACAUCACCUUGAAGAUGGAGCCCGGGAAGGCGCCCAAGCUGUCCCGCACAGCCUCUAAGAAAAUCAUCUUCAAACCGCCUCCACUUUACCUUGACCUACCCGAUGCCACCAAAGACGCGACAGAUACAUUCAUCGUUCUCCCGGAAUGCACUUAUGGGAAUAAGUCCCUGGGUACUACGGACCAUGCGCUGGAGUGCGAUUGUUCUGAGGAGUGGGACCCCGAGACGCACACCAACAAUGCCUGCGGUGAGGAUUCUGACUGCAUCAAUCGUGCGACCAAAAUGGAGUGCGUGGGCGAUUGCAGCUGCGGUCGCAAGUGCCAGAACCAGCGCUUCCAACGGAGGCAGUAUGCCGACGUGGCAGUCAUCAAAACCGAAAAGAAGGGCUUCGGUCUCCGCGCCAACACCGAUCUGAGACCAGGCGAUUUCAUAUUCGAGUACAUUGGCGAAGUCAUUGACGAGCGCACCUUUCGCCGGCGCAUGAUUCAGUAUGAUCAGGAAGGUAUCAAGCACUUCUACUUCAUGUCGCUCACCAAGGGCGAGUUUGUCGACGCGACAAAGAAAGGGAACCUCGGUCGCUUCUGCAACCACUCCUGCAACCCCAAUUGCUAUGUCGACAAGUGGGUGGUGGGGGACAAGCUGCGCAUGGGCAUUUUUGCCGAGCGGAAAAUCAAAGCCGGCGAGGAGUUGGUCUUCAACUACAACGUCGACCGAUACGGUGCCGACCCACAGCCCUGUUAUUGUGGGGAACCCAACUGCACAGGCUUCAUCGGAGGGAGAACACAGACCGACAAUGCCACCAAGCUAUCCCAUGCGACCAUUGAGGCCCUUGGAAUUGAUGACAGCUACAGCUGGGAGACGGCCGUGGCGAAGAAGCCGCGGAAGAAGAAGGCCACCGAGGACGAUGAAGAAUAUGUCAAUGAUAUCAUGCCCAAGAGCUUGGAAGAGAGUGGUGUGAACAAGGUUAUGGCUGCACUGCGGCAAUGCACGGAAAAGUGGGUUGCGGUUAAGCUUCUGAGUCGACUACAGGGCAGCAUAGACGAUGAGAAGGUGGCGCAUCGAGUCAUCCGAGUCCACGGCUAUGAGAUUCUGAAGUCUACCAUCACCGCCUGGAAAGAUGAUGUCAAUGUCAUCCUACAAGCGCUUGACAUACUACAUCGACUCCCUCGAAUCACCCGAAACAAGAUUCAAGAUUCCAAGAUCGAAGAGACGAUAGAGAGCCUCAAGUCGUUCGAGGACGAGCGGGUACAGAGUGAAGCAGCGAGGUUGCUGGAGGCGUGGAGCAAACUGGAGGUGGCAUACAGGAUACCACGCAUGAAGAGGGAUCCGAAUGCUGCAACUCCGCUUUGGGACGCUCACUUCGACCGUCGCGAUAGGAAACGCGAACGAUCACGCUCUCGGUCCAAGUCGCCGGUUCUUGCUGCUGCGCCCAAAGGCCCUGCAGCUUCGGGAGCGCCAACGGCUCCCCGUGCAUUUGUUCGAAACGGCCCGUUUUUCAAUGGCCCUCGACCCCCACGACCGCGGCCGCAGUUCAACGCCCUUCCUGCAGGCUGGUUUCAAGCAACGUCCGCUGAUACUGGAGCCAUCUAUUAUUACAACAGUUCUGGUGUCACGCAAUGGACCAGGCCGACCUUGCCUGCUCAGGCACCUCCGCCUCCUCCCAAGGCGAAGACAAACGAGCAGAAACUGCAGGAGAUCAUAUCUAGCAUCACCCAGAACGUUUCGUCCAAUGGCAACGGGUCAGCAUCCGGUACACCGAAACCGGCUGACGAACAAAAGUCGGAGAAGCCGUCGAAGAGCGAAAAGUGGAAGAGCCUCCCACUAGAGAAGCAGCAAAAGCUGUAUGAAGGAACUCUACAUCCGCACGUCAUGUCGGUCGUCGCACAUUAUCGCAAGAAACUGGACAAGGAGGACCUCAAGAGGCUCUCUAAAGACGUCGCCCAGAAACUCGUCCGUGGUGACUACAAGCAUGGCAAGGUGAAAGAUCCAACAGCAAAGCUGGACCACAAGCACGAGAAGACGGUCAAGAAGUUCGUCAAGGACUACAUGGACAAGGCGGUAGAGAAAAAGGCCAUCCGAGACAAAGAGAGGGCCGCUAGGCACCAGAAGAAGUCGCAGGGAAAGCCUGAAGACAAGUCCUCCGGCCCGUCGGACACACCCAAGACACCGGUUACGAAGGAGAGCCCGGAUGCCGAUCAAGAUGUUCCGGAUGUCUCGUAUGACGAUGUCACAAAGUCUCCCAAUGCGUCACCAGGCGGCUCCCCUUCGAGUGACCUGAAGCGAAAGCGGGAAGACGACGACGAUGUCGGGUCGCCCAAGAAAUCGCGAACGGAUGACGACUCAGCGCCGCCACCUCCACCCCCACCGCCUCCAGCAAGUGACAUGCCUAUGGACGUGGAUCACGAUGAAUCUACCUCGUUCGAGCAUCUCCCUCAGGCGCCCGACCUUGGGGCCGCGGCAAGUCUAGAAGAUCUUGGCUUGGAGGGCGUCAAGUCAGAAGGGACCACCAGUCCAAUCCAACUUGCAACGCCUCCCACGACGACCAAUGGAUCUUGUAAGCAUGAGAGCAACGACGAUGCUGCGACAGAACAAUCUGUCCGCGGUUCAAGAGAGGUCUCUGUAGAAGGCGGUGGGGCCUAACUACGACGUGAGCGUAAAGGAGGGAUCGGUCGGCAUAUUCAUAUUCUUUCGUUUUGGAAAGCCGGUGUAUACUUGCACUUCCAUUCCACAUUUGUCUAACAAUAAAGCGUCCGUCUGGUCUUGCAUUUCUCUUUUCUCUUGGCAGCAGUAUCUGAAUCUGCUGAAUUGGAACUGGAGUUUGGGAUUUCUAGGGUUAUAUCUCGGUGGCUGCAGACGUGGGCCAGACAUUCAGGAACUCGGUCUAUGCACUACCUUCUUGCAUAUAUAAUGCAUUCGGGAAUGAAAAGGUUUCAAGGUAUUGGCAAGGGUGUCCUUUAU